AUGGCCUCAUCAUCUUCAAAUUCAAAGAGGCACCUUGUGUACCAUGGAAUUCGAUGCCGUGGAGGAAAAUGGGUAACUGAAAUCCGUGAGCCACGUAAGACAAGCCGCAUAUGGCUUGGCACAUUUCUCACGCCGGAGAUGGCCGCUGCCGCCUACGACGUGGCGGCGUUGGCCUUGAAAGGCGAGGAAGCUGUUCCCAACUUCCCUGAAUCGGUUAGUAGGUAUCCAAUACCCGCAUCCAAAUCCCCUGCGGACAUCCGCACUGCAGCUAUUGCUGCAGCGGAGCUCAUGAAGCCUGAAGCCAACCACAACUACAACGCGUCAACAACUAAUAAUGCAGUAGUUCAGCAUGACAACAGUGGUUGUGUUGAUGAUAACGUUGGUCCUUUGUCUGAAACUGAGUUUCUGGAUGAAGAAGCCUUAUUCUCGAUGCCAAGUUUGUUGGUGGACAUGGCUGAGGGAAUGUUGCUAUCCCCUCCCAGAAUGAGCCCUCCACCGUCGCAAAACUCGCCGGAAUGUUCUGCUGGAGAAACUUUGUGGAACUUUUGA